AUGGAAAGUACUAGCACAAAGAAUCUUAGGCAUCUUUAUGAUAUAACACACGCAGUCCCUGAAACCCCUGAAUUAGGGUCAAUAUAUACUAGUAAAUUAUACAAAACAUUCAAGAAAAAGAAUUUGUCAUUACCAAAUCAGAUAACAAAUGGUGUUAAAUUUUGUUCAAAUUGUGAAACGGUUUUAAUACCUGGUGUAAACUUAACAAUGAGAAUCACUUAUACAAAGUGUAAAAAGGGUAAAAAGGGGGAUAAAGUUGAAAAAAACUGGAAGCCAAGGGAAAGAAAAUUAAAAUAUACAUGUUUAUCAUGUAAUCAUGCUACAUUUUUUGAAUUAUUAAAACCAGAAAGUAAUCCAAAGGAUAUAAAAGAACCUGAAGUCAUUGUUAAAGAACCAUUUGUUGCUAAAUGGAAACCAAAUGAAGAGAAAAAGAAAAGUAGUAGUGCAAAAGAUCGUGCAAAGAAGAGGAAGAAGAAUAAUUUAUCAAAUUUAUUAAGUGGUAAAAAGGAAAGAGAUGAACAAGAAAAGAAGAAAUCGAGUUUAUUAAGUUUAGAUGAAUUUAUGAAAAAUUGA